UUCAACAACGGUUAUAGUAUUAUUUGAUCAUUGAUUUUUUUUAAUGUGGUUUGUUAGAAUCUUCUAACUUCGAUGAAGUUUCUUGCUUUAGUAACCAUGUAUGCUUUGGCGGCUGCCAAACAUGAAAAAUAUAUCGGAUGGAAAACAUACAUCGUGAAUACCACUACUGAGGAACAGGUUAUUAAAUUGGUCUCUACUGGAACUAAAUUGGGUAUAGAUUUCUUAACUACACCUAAUUUGGAGGAAGAAGGACUUCUUCUAGUGAAUCCAAAACAGCAAGAGGAAUUAACCAAAAGUUUGAAUGCUUUAGGCAUACAAUACAGGACUCACGCAGACAAUAUUAAAUCAUUGCUGGAUCACGACGACUUUCUGAUUAAAGAGCAGAAUAAAUCAAUAGCUCUUAGAAGCGAUGUUUUUAUGCCUUAUGACAAUUAUCAACCAUUAGACGUGAUUUACAAUUUUAUGGAUGCAAUUGCCAGUAAGUUCCCCACGACAACCAAACUGGUAAGAAACUCAUUCUCUUUCGAUAGACGUCCGAUCAAAUACAUGAAAAUUUCGAACACUAACUUUCAAGAUGAAAAGAAACCAGUCAUCGUAAUUGAUGGUGGAAUACAUGCUAGGGAAUGGAUCGCUCCUCCUGUUGUAACUUGGAUUAUCAGGAAGCUGACUGAAGGUCUAAAUGAGCGUCAUCUUCUUGAUGACCAGGAUUGGAUCCUCGUGCCCGUUGUCAAUCCUGACGGCUACGAUUAUACUUUUACUCAGGACCGCUACUGGCGAAAAACUCGCUCCACGAAUACCCAUCAUAACGCCAGAAGAUGUCCAGGUGUUGACGGCAAUCGAAACUUUGCUCACUUUUGGAAUACCAGUGACACCAGCAGUGAUCCGUGCUCCUUAAUUUACCCUGGAAAUUACGCCUUUUCUGAGCUUGAAACUAGUCUUAUUCGGGACAUACUCCAACAAUACCGUAGUCGCAUUGUUAUGUAUAUCAACUUGCACAGUUUUGGAAGCAUGAUUCUGUAUCCAUGGCUACAUGACGGUUCUAGGUCUAGGCGGGCUCAUUAUCUCCAUCUAGUAGGUACUGCUAUGGCCGAUGCUAUUCAUUAUCAUUCGUUACAUCACUUCCCUGGAUACAGAGUUGGUAAUGGAGCUACAAUUUUAUACGGUGCUUCUGGCAGUGGGGUCGACUAUGCUCACUCUCUUGGGAUUCCUUUGGCGUUUGCUUUUGAGCUGCCUGGUCUUUCUGAAAGCAAUCACGGCUUCAACCUAGAACCCAGAUAUAUUAAGCAAGUAUGUUUGGAGACUUGGGCUGGUAUCAAAGUGGGUGUGAAGCAGGCUACGAAAUUAUUCAAGAAAAAUUAUUAA